CUUCUACUCCCUUCUCUUAUCCCUUCAAAAGAGCCCAAGAGAGAGAGGAGGAAAACAGAAGAGAGCAAUGGCCCUUCAAGCACCAGCAGCGCUCAGGUCCACCACCACAACCCCCAGAAGGAUCAUUCCAUCCCUGCUAUCUCCACCACCAAACCAUACUGGCCUACGAGCACCCUCCGAUCGCCAUGCCCUUCGAUCAGCCUUCUCCUCUCCCUCGGUCCAGCUCCUGCUGUCACCCCUUGGACAAGCUCCUGCCACUGCCCCGAGGUUCUCCAUGCGCGUCGCCUCCAAGCAGGCCUACAUCUGCCGCGACUGCGGUUACAUAUACAAUGAUAGAACACCCUUUGAGAAGCUUUCAGAUAAGUAUUUCUGCCCUGUCUGUGGGGCUCCCAAACGGAGAUUCAGGCCAUAUGAACCUGCAGUAACCAAGAAUGCAAAUGCCACAGAUGUCCGUAAAGCCAGGAAGGCUCAGAUGAAGAGAGAUGAAAACAUCGGGAAAGCAUUACCUGUUGCAAUAGUGCUUGGAGUUGCAGGGCUAGCUGGCUUGUAUUUCUACCUCAACAAUGCCUACUAGGGUUCACAGGAUGGAAAUCACCCUCCAAAAGCUGUCUUGACGUCAUUCAAUUUUCUUUGACAGCCGGUAAAUCCUUUGUUCCUAGAAAAAGAAAUAGAUCAAGGAUUGGGGAAUAA